CUCUCUCUCUCUCUCUCUCUCUCUCUCUCUACAGAGUGCCAAACCCAUCUUCUUCAAAUCGCACCAUACUACCACUGCCAAACCCAGUUUCUUCAAAUCGCAUCAUGAUGUGUUCAAGAAAGAUGGAAAGAGAAAAACCAGCAAACAUGAGGGCGGGUUCAAGAAAGAUGGGACGAGCAACAUCAGUUCGCUGGGAGGCCAAAUCCCGCGAACACAAACCCAAAUCUCUAGAAGGGUACGUGGAGAGAGGCUUGUUUGAUUCAAGAGAAAAAAUAAAAGAGGAUGCGUUAUUAAAAAUUAUUGAAGCUUUUACCAGUUAUACCGGACAUGAGAUUGCACAAAACAAAUUCGCCACCAUAAUGCUUAGGUGCCUACAUUUUAUAAAGAGAGGAUCGACUAGAGAGACUUGUUUGGCAACUAAAACUAUUGGAUUAUUAGCGAUGAUUAUUAGCCGGAGUGAUAAUGCACAUGAAUUAUUUGAAGAAUCACUUUCCACAUGUUCCAAACCCCUUAAUUUUGAAGAUGAGUCUGCAAAAAAAUUGAAUUGUUUAGCUAUGGUAACUUUUGUCGGUGCAAAAGAUUUUUGGGAGAUUGAAGAAUCGAUGAAAAUUAUAUGGCAAUUCAUUCUUGCAAAUUCGGGCUCCAAUAUAAUUUUAAACGAGGAAUCAGCAUCAGUUUUAACUGCAACAAUAUUUGCUUGGUCAUUCCUUCUUACUGCAAUCGAUGGAUGGAACCUUGAUAAUAAAUAUUGGCAAGGGGCGAUGUCCUACCUUCUGAAUCUACUAAAAAGGGAAGAAUCUGUGCGUGCAGCAUGUGUUGACGCACUAGCCAUUAUAUUUGAAAAGAAUUGUGUUGAGAAAUUUUCAAUUGAAGCUUAUAAGGCUUUUGUGCAUAGUGCAAUUAACAAAGUGGAUACAAAUAUGGAUCAAAAACAAUGGAAGACUGACAUUGUAGAGCAAAUCAAAGAGGCAUGCAAUCAGAAUUGGGAGAUUGUAAGGCUUUUUGAGGAUGAAAAUAGUUUGGAAACUUCUACAAAUAUUGGUAAAAAUUGUCCAACAUUUUCAACAUUGUCGCAAUUGACAAAGAUGAAGUUUAUAAAGCAAUUUUUGGGUGAUGGAUUUGAAGUACACAUGCAGGAAAAUGAGCUCCUCCACCAAGUCUUUGAUGUCACACCAAAAAAUAAUCCAUCUGGUUCUGAAUUGUAUGUAGCUGAAAUUGAAGAGGUUAAAGUUAAAUACUUCUCACCCCACAUAAAAAAGAGCACUUGCAAGCAGGUACAACAGAGGUUUGAGAAGUCACCUAAUUCUUUAGUAAGCAAGGCAAGGACUCAAUUCAUGAAAAAACAGCGCAUGCUGGCACAGGAGAAGAAGAUUGAUGACUUCAGAGAUUAGGGACGUGUUUUAAAUGACAUGAACAUACUUUCGAAGUAGCUACAAGCUUAUGCUUAUUUGAGUUUUCAGUAGUCGUAUGAUUAUAUAUAUCUCGCCCUGUAAAAAAAAUGAUAGUUUAAAUUUUUUUGGUUAUCAUUGCUUGCUCAAUUGAAUUAUUGUGUGAAGUUUUUUUUUUUUUUUUUUUUCCAACUAUUUGA